AUGCUCAAGUCCAUCUUGGACAGUAAAGUGGUACCAAGUAGUUUCAACUCUCAAGUUGUGUUGGCUGCACUGGUUAGCCUGUGUACAGCUGGUGCCGUGCAACUUGUUUCCCCCAAUGGCGGACAAAGAUUCAGAAGGGGUGUCGUUCUGUACCAUGCUCCUAGGUACCUCGCCCCAGCGGCGGCUCCAGCGUACGCCUAUGUAAAGAAAAGCCAUGGAGAGCACGUGUUACACGGAAAAGUGGAACAUCACCACAAACACACAGGCCACGUAGCUCACAUACACAAACAUACUGGUCACAAGAAACACAGCCACAAGCAUCACGGAGGGCAUGAACACUCUCAUAAGCACCACGGCCAUCACGAGCACGGGCAUAAACACCACGGGGGUCACAAGCAUUCCCACAAACACCACGGACACGGCGAGCAUCACCACAAACACAAGGGAAGCGGGAAACACAAGCACAAGCAUCACGGACACGGGAGUCAUAAACACGACCACCACGCACACCACGACCACGGCCACAAACACCACGGACAUCAUGACCAUGGUCAUAAACACCAUGGACAUGGUGACCACAAGCAUCACCACCACGGAUCACACGGACACGACCACAAGCAUCAUGGGCACCAUGAACAUGGACACAAGCACCACGGAGAGGCGUCUCACCACCACAAACACCACGGAUCCCACGGGCAUGAUCACAAACAUCACGGACACCACGAACAUGGACACAAACAUCAUGGGGGUCACAAACACGAACACAAACAUCAUGGAGAACACGGCCAUGGACACAAACACCACGGCCAUCAUGAUCACGGCCACAAACACCACGGCCACGGUGAACACGGCCACAAACAUCACGGGCACCACGAACACGGACAUAAACACCACGGACAUUACUCACACAAACAUGGACAUGGACAUCACGAUCAUGACGCAGCAUAUAGUAAUCGCCACGAUAUUAUUGAAAGGAAGUCCAGUGAUGAUAGCUUUUUUGACUCUGUUGAGGACAUAAUUAGCAAAAAAUGA